AUAUAUGAAAAGUCAAAUGUGUUAACCCGCGAAAUGUUUCUGUUUUAUUUUUAUGUGUUAUAAUUAUAUAUAAAAGUGUUUAUCAAUUGAAAGCCAUGAUUUUCAAGAAUUUAGAUAUAAAUAAAUUAUCCAGACUAUCCUCACAACAAGUAGACUAUGUAACUUGCAUUGAAUGUUGUAAAUAUUAUGUUGUACCAACAACAGCAACUUGUGGACACACAUUAUGCCAUUCUUGUUGGCGCGGAAGACGUACUUGUCCUACUUGUAGCGUACAAGUUGAGAAAAAAAAUUUAAAAUUAAAUUUACCUCUACAGAGUCUUAAAGACCAUGUUCAAUUACUAGCAGGUGCAUUUGAAGAACUUUUUAACAUAAAAUUGGAUGAUUUUUCACUUGAUCCUCCUAUUGAUAAGGAAUCUGAAGAUUCCAAUAAACAUGUCAAAGAAUGGUUGGCAAGUUCUCAAAAUCAUUUUUCUGCGCCGGUAACAGAUUCUCAACAGUCCUUUAUAGAUCAGAUUCAAUCUAUUGGACAAGUUACAAGUAAUAUACAAGUUCAUUCAGAAAAGAAGGAAAAUCCAAAAUCUAUUGGAGUUGUUCAUGUACCACCGUUACAAGUUGAUUGGGAUAAAAUUGAAGAAAUGCCAGAAACAGAAAAAAAUAACAAAUAUGAACAAAAUCCUGUUGGACCUAUGGACAUAGAACCAUUUGACUUUAUAGAGUAUGAUGAUAAAGACUAUUCAACAGAAAAUCCUCGAAGAAGCUCAAGAAACAAAGAAAAUAAAAAUAAUCAUUCAAAUAAAGUAUUUAAUGAAAUAACAUCUGAAAAAAAUAGUGGAAAAGAUUCAAAUUUAGAUUCUGAAAAUAAGACUCACAAACUUGGAAAAAAUUGGAACAAUGUUAAAAGAAUGAAAAAAGAAUUUAGUAAACUUAAUAAAAAGAAUAGGAACAAGUUAAAUGUUUCUAUUGAAAUGUGUAAAAAAACUCAAACUAUUGCUAAUAAAGCAGUCGCACCAAAUACUCAGCCAAACAUAUUAUAUGAUAUUGAUGAUAACACUCCACAAGAUAAUUUGAAUGAUAAAGAGAAUAGCAAAUAUAAAAAUAUUAUUGAAGAAGUGACAGAAGAAAUUAGCACAGAGAGUAAUAAACAAAAAAAUGAUGAUAUAACAUACAGCCAUUCUAAUAACUCGAAACAUUCAAAUAAAGCUCAAGGUUAUAUAAAUGUUAAAGACAAAGUUACAGAGGACAUACCCGUCACAAAUAAAAUAGAUAAUGUAAAUAAUAAAACACUAGAAUCUCAAAAAGUCUGUUUCUUUAAAAAAAGUGCUUUAAAUAAAGUGGAAACAUCAGGGGAAAAUAAGGUAGAUAUUGAACCUAAUGAGAAUUUAAAUGCAAUAUCUGUAAACAAUGAUGACAUCGAGAUAACUAUUAAAAUAGGAAACAGUUUAACUAAUAUUUGUAUAAAGAAAAAAGACAAUGAUGUUCAGCUUAAAAUAAAUUCUGAACGUGAAAUUCAAACAAGUGUUGAAAAUGUAAAUUCACACAACAAUAAAAAUGCAUCAUGUGCUCCAAUAACAGAGAACAAAUCACAAAAUACUAAUAUUAUUGAAGACAUGCAAAUUGAUAAAGUUCAUGAUGAUGCCAUUAUUAAAUGUACUGCAUCAAAUAUACAAAUUAUAGAAAAAUCAAUAUCCAUAAAGAAAAAUACAGCUUCUGCUGAUACAGCAACGGGUAAUUUUGAAAUAACUGAAAGUGUUGAGAAGGAAUUAACUGAUAUCUUGGAUAAUGCGCAAUGUAUUAAUGAUCAAAAUAAAAAAAUAACAAGCAAUAAUCCAAUAUGUGACAAUAAUGGUCAAACAAAAUUUCAUCAAACAAGAACACCAAAAGUGCAUCAAGGUAUUCCCGAAGAUAUGGACUAUUUGAAUUAUUUAGAUAUAUUUGAUGGGGAGUCUGUUAAAGAAGGAAAGGUCCAAUCACUAAAAGCUUCUAAAAAUACGCCCUCUGCAAUAUUGAUGCCUACAGCAAAAAGCAAUUUAAUGAAGUCUGUAAAAGACGAGAGAAAAAGAGAAUUGCCUUGCUCAGAUGAUAAUCCUAUUACGAAAAAAAUUAAAUUAACACAUGAAAGUAAAAAUAUUGUCGAUAAACCAAUGGAUACUAAUGAAAAAGAUCAACUUUUGGAUCAAGAUAGUGAAAAUAUUAAUUAUGAUGCAAUAAUGAGUCAGGUAUUUGCUAAUAUUGAUGCAGAUAUGGGUAGCAUUAAGAAGACAAAGACUACUGAGCAUAAACAAGCUACUCAAAACCCUACAAGUAAUCAUACUAAAGUUGGUCAACCAGAAGAUAUAUUACAUAAAACACAAGACAAUAAUGACAUUAAACACGUCGAUAAAGAGUAUGCAAAUCAAAAAUAUAGUGAAAAUGUAUUUUCAAUGAUCGAAAGGGAUAUUUCUGAUUCAGAAAUAUUGGUAUCAUCUAAAACUAAGACAUCAACACAAAUCAACUAUCAAAACGAAGAUCCUAUUAAGACAGCAAAGACAGUAAAUGAAGAUAAUAUCAUUUCAGAUAAUAUUAAAUCUUUUUCUCAAACAUCUGAUAUAGAAGUUGUAGAAAUCGGUACACCAUUACAUAAUGAUGAUUCUGACAAAAGCAUUGUUGAAGAAACACCUCAGAAGAGUACACCUCUAUCAAAAAAUAAAAGUAAAAACGAAAUAACAAUUGUCAGUAAUACUCAACAGUUAUUAGUAAAAGACAAUAAGAAACCUAUUAAGCAAUUGCAAAUAACACGGAGCAAUGUAAACAGAAACCCAGAAGAUCCUGUUAAUGUAUUAAGUUUGUCAGAUACUUGUGACACAACAAAAACUAGUAAAAAUGUAACUGUUGUUGAAACAGUACAGCCGGGGCCGACAAUGGAGACACCUCUAACGAUAACGAAAUUUGUUGAUCAAAUUAAGCACAAGUCAACACCCAUGGCAAGAAAGUCCUUAAAUUUCAACAAUCAAAAUGCUGAAGAUGACGCAGAACAAACUCUGUGUCCAAGUUCAUUUGUUGCAGCUAAAACUACCCAAGAGAAAGAAUUCAUGCAAAGGGCUUUCGAUCAAACUCAAAAUUCUUCAAUUCAGGGCUUGGACACUGGGAAAAAUUGUAAACCAGUCAAGCUUUGUGUUGGUGGAUCUUGUUUGUCAUCAUCGGAGCAUGCAAACCUUAAACUUUUAUGCCUUCGGAGAAAUUGGACUUUUGUUGAUAAAUAUUGUAAAGAGUUGACACAUCUCGUCGUUGGGGUUGAUGAAGAAAAUAAAUCACAAAGAUCUGUAAAGUACAUGUGCGCUCUAGCCGGAGCGAAGUGGAUUGUUUCUUAUGAAUGGGUUGAAAAAUGCUUGCGAUCAAACAGUAUUGUUAAUGAAGAGCCAUACGAAGCGCUCGACGGCACGGGCGAGCCGGGCCCGCGGCGCUCGCGCGUGGCGCGGCUGAAGCUGUUCGAAGGGAUCACGUUCUACUGCAUGCCCCCCUUCACCGUACUCGAUGUCGAUACCUUGAAAGACAUCCUGGAGAGUGCGGGCGGGCGCGUGGUGAACUCGCCGCGGGAUGUGCGCGCCGCUGCCGACCCCGCGCUACUGCUCGCCGAGCCCGAGCGCACGCAGGACGACAAGUUCAUGUAUCUCGCUAUGGAACUCAGUAUUGUACCAGUAAACUACGAGUGGGUGCUGAACUGCUUGGGCAGUUACACUUUGGGAUCAAUAUACGAACUCUUACUGUGUCCAGCCUCCUUGUUACCGAAUGUCACUUCUAAUUGGCCAUCUGAAUUGAUAUCUCGUGAUUAUGAAUAAAUAUCUUUAUAU